AUGGACACCGCCGGCGCCUGGCCGCAUUUUGAAGGGCAAGAGUACAGGACGGUGUGGCCGGAGGAGGAGUACCGGACGGAGAUCAAGGAUGCCGUGGCCGUCGCCCUGAAGGCGUUCCAGGGGCAGCAGCGCCCUGCCGACGCGUCGAAGGCGCCAUCCUCCACGGACUCCACGUCCGAGGAGAGCGCGCCGUCCAUCACCUCCAGCGACUUGUCUGGGUUGGACGACGAGCACUGGAUCGGCGGCAUGGACGCCGGGUCGUACUACGCAAACUUGGCGCAGGGCAUGCUUAUGGAGCCGCCGGCCGCCGGAGCGUGGAGGGAGGACCGCGAACAGGACGACGGCGUCGACACAUCGCUGUGGAGCUACUAG